AUUACUACUUUUUCUUAAUAAUUACUAUUAGAUUUUGAAAAACUAUUGAAUGGCAACUUAUGUUAUUUGAAAAAUAGUUUUUGUUUAUUUAUUGUCUGGUCUGCUGGUCCGUAUGUGUCAAAUUGUCUUUUCCUACAGUUAAUUAUUUUUAAUAUCCGCAUGACAUUAAUGUUAUUUGCUUUGUAUUAACUUAUUAUCAUAUCUUAAUUAUUCAAUACUGCUUCCUGUGGUAUCUUAUUCUAGUUUUUAAGUUUUUGUUCAAUAGAAAUGUAUAAUUGAAUUUUUUCAUUAAAAAUCUACAAUAUCAUUAUUUAUUAGCAUUUAAUUAAAAAUGGGAUACGAUAUUACUCGAUUCGAAGGUGAAGUUGACGAAGAAUUGAUCUGUCCUAUUUGUUCUGGUGUUUUGGAAGAGCCCUUGCAUGCUCCGCAAUGUGAACACGCUUUUUGUAAAAGUUGUAUUAAUGAAUGGCUUGCAAGGCAACCGUCUUGUCCUGUAGACCGUCAACCAAUUACUCCAAAUGAAUUGAAACCAGUGCCGCGAAUUCUGCGUAAUUUACUUUCCCGUUUACUUAUUAUGUGUGAUAAUGAAAAAUUUGGCUGCUCUGUUAUAGUGAAACUAGAGCGUCUUGAAAUCCACAAGGAAGAAUGUGAGCAUAAUCCUAAACGACCUGUUCCUUGCGAGCAAGGGUGUGGAUUGGUUGUGCCAAAAGAUGAAUUAAGAGAGCAUAAUUGUGUUAGAGAAAUGAGAAUGCUGUUGCAAACUCAGCAACUGAGGAUCAACGAAAUGCAAUGCAAUCUGAAUGAGACCAGGAAAGACAUUGACUUGCUGAAAACCUGCGUGCAAGAAUGCAUUCGUGCAAUGAGAUUAGCCAAUCCAAGUGUUCCGGCAUUAGUAGAAACUCUCGAACAAGACGAAACUAUGAGAUGGAUCGGUUCUCUACAGCGAGCUCGUGUAACGCGUUGGGGUGGCAUGAUUUCGACACCUGAUUCCGUUUUGCAAACCAUGGUGAGAAGAGCACUGAGUGAAAGUGGUUGUCCUCCACACCUAGCUGCGGAGUUAAUGGAAAACGCUCACGAAAGAAGAUGGCCUACGGGUUUGAGUACUUUAGAGACCCGUCAGUCCAAUAGGAGAUAUUAUGAGAAUUAUGUUUGCAAAAGAAUUCCUGGUAAACAAGCUGUUGUUGUAAUGGCUGUUGAUAAUCCCCAUAUGAAUGAUGAUAUGGUCUUAGAUCCUGGAUUAGUCAUGAUUUUUGCUCAUGGUAUUGAGUAAAACUAUUGUGAUGGAGACUGCUCAUUAUUUUUGGAUGUUUUAAUGUAUUCUGUGUUAUUUAAUCUCAUUUUUUUUCUGUCUUUCUUAUCAUUAAAGAGAUAUCUCGAAUUGAUAUGUAUAGUGAGUAAAUUUUUCUGUGGAAAAUAUAUCUCUUGGUCCUCUUACUUAUAUUGUAUUUACCUACACAGCUAUGUUACCUAUGUGAUAAAAAUUUGAAUAAAAGGGUUACUUGAAGUAAA